AUUGAGGCGUGCACCGAAGCAAACCCUCACUAAACCUUAGGUUACUUUCAUACUGUUUAUAAGCUCAUCCGUACUUUUAGCCUACACGCGGAUUUCCGACGUUCGAUCUAAACGUAGUUCCUUCGUUGGAAUUAGACUGUUGAUUCAACGUUGUUGGAGAGCUGGGUUUCAAUUCCUACAUUUUCUCCCGCAAGAUUGUGUUUGAACCUUUACUGUACCGAAUCCACAAGUCUUGGAGCCCGAACGUGAGAGGGGAAGGACAAGAAAAAGCCAAAAAGGCUAUCUGAAACAUGCUCUCCUUGUUGUGUCUCAUGAUGUUUGUUCCACGUGUGUUCUCCUCAUCGACACGUAAGUAGCCUACAAAACUCAGAAGUGUGAUAUUGUGAGAAGCCGACUACCAAAUUUGCCAUAAACCCGUUUCGACUGAUUUGAAGGGGAGGGGCGCUCUCCCUCUAUUAGUCAACAAAAAAAGUGACAUUUUAUGUACAUGUUACUGUUCUCAACAAUGUGUUAGAUACCUUGUGUAAAGGUACGAAAUACAAAACUCACUGAUUCACAGGUGUCCAGACUGUCCACAUGUGUACUUGCCAAGUUAUUAUAAAAUACUUAACCUGUAUUAUAAACUGGGUGGUUUGAGCCCUGAAUGCUGAUUGGCUGAAAGCUGUGGUAUAUCAGACUGUAUACCAUGGGCAUGACCCAAAAAUAUUUUUGCUGUUCCAAUUACAUUGGUAACCAUUUUAUAAUACCAAUAAGGCACCUCGGGGGUUUGUGGUAUAUGGCCAUUAUACCAUGGCUAACGGCAGUAUCCAGGCACUCUGUGUUGCGUCGUGCGUAAGAACAGCCCUUAGCCAUGGUAUAUUGGUCAUUUACCACACCAACUCGGGCCUGAUUGCUUAAAUAAAGCACACAUAAUACAAUAAUGAAUGAACAGAUUAUGAGUGAUAUUUGAAGAUGUCAGAUUUUUUUAUGUCCAAAAUAUGGGCAUUAUGUUUGGUGGAUUUGAACAUGAAUUGUAACUAAAUUGGUAAUAACUACUUAUUUAUAAUGCAACAAGUCUGCAAAAAAAAGUCUGUAUAGGAGAUUAUGGCAUUGUACAUAUUUGUACAUGAGUAAUUGUAAACUAUUCUCCAUAUACAUUUCACUUAUUGAAACCAAUAUUCUGUGAGAAUCUUCCAAAACAAAGUGAAUGCCUGUUGGAUCAUUACUAUUCUAUGGUAAAAACAUCCCAUGACAACCUUAAUCAUGUGCCUUACAGCUAAAUUGGAUUUCUUUGUAAUUCAUUGUUGGACUUCAAGCACUGAAAUAAUAGAGAACUAGGCCACAGAGGUGAUUAGGUUUUCAAGUGAAAAAUUCUCAAAUUCAUCUGAAAUUCCUAAUUUGCAAUAUGAUGCAAUGUUACUGUGAAACAUACAAUUAAUUUACCCUAUUUGUGUAUACGUAAAGUGUAAAUAUCAGUGGACACACUGGGUUCGGCAUGUCUCACACCAAGUCCUCUUUAGUCAGGUCAGACUCAUAGCGCGUAGCAUAUUGCCACAUAUGUUAGAUAGCUUGUCUACCGCCCACCAACAGCACACUUAAUAAACCUCCUCACAUUAACCCUUGAAUCUCCCCCAAAGGAGCCAAGUGGUAACACAUUCAAACAGUAACGCUUCUCGGGGCAUUUCUCAUGAAGCAUCCAUCAGAAGACGAGUCAGAAGAGUAAAGGAAUAGUGGGGAUGGAAAAGCAUUCAAGAAUUUGACCAACAACCUUGUCUGACCUCUCCAAGUGAUCUCCCAACAGUUUCGGCACAGGACCCAUAAAUCCACUUCAUCACUCUCAGGUUCCCCUGAGUGUUUGCAAUCAAAAAGAGAGCAAAGGUUGCUUAUGAUUCAUUAUCUAUUCACUCUGAACGGGCAUAAUAUCAAGAACAAACAUUUUCAAGCAAAUCAAAUCAAAGUUUAUUGCCAUACGUGUUAAGCCACGUCACCUCCAGGAGUGAAGCCCAUAUAAAGUAGUGUGUUUCUGUGUCUCUCCCCCAGCGCCGGCUGUAAUCUUCCCUCAGGACCCGGCGUUGCGGAUGGGCACCAGCCUGACUGCCACGUGCACAGUGAGCCCCGAGCGGGGGCUGCAUGCCAACACUAUGUACUGGACCAUGAACGGGAAGAGACUCCCUAGUAGCACGUACGACCUGCUGAGCCCCAACGGCCUCAGUGUCACUCUGCACCACCUCAAUGGCUCCCAGCAGCAGUCUGGGGACAACCUGGUGUGUCACAGCGGUGACGGACAUGUCCUGGCUGGCUCCUGUCUCUACGUGGGCAGUAAGUGUCAGACUGGCCCUGGAGGCCUCAACCACUUCUUCUGGGGACAGGUUUACUAGAUUAUGGUCCUUCUUGGUACAUUAAACUGUGCACAAAAGGACAGCGCUGUGGUGUAACAAGGAGAUAUAUAAAUGAAUACUGUCAGAGUCAUCAAUACUGUCAGAGUAAGAAGCUCAGGGCAGUGCAUUUACAAAUAGAUUGUUUAAAAGCCUUUUUGAUGAUAAGCUGUGUGUUUGCUAUGAUUUUAAAGCCUGCUAUAUUACUCCACCCUAAUCUCUAGUGUCUCCCAGCAGUGGCUUAAGCACAGGGGAUAAUGCAUUAUACAUUACAUGUAUGGACAGAGGCAAUGUUUCACUCAUGCAGAAAUCUUUGCAAACAAAUUAAAGAGCACAUGUGAAAAUAAUAGUUAUUCUAUUAAUAUCAUAACGUACAGAGCCUACUCUGUCUGUCUUUGAAUCAUAUACCCAGAGCCUCAGUUUAGUUGCUCAGUGGGUUGUAAUCAGCAUCACUACUUUACUUUUGUCUCUCUCUACAUCUGUGUUUGAUAGUAUAUCGUGGAGAGGAAAUGAGAGAGGAGCUGAAUCCUCUAGCCUGUCGUCUGAGGUUAAGCAAUGUGCCAGUGUGUCAUUAUGGGAUUGAGUGACCAUUAUUACCCGUUGUGAAAUAGGAACUACUAUACUGAUGUAUUUGUUUGUGGUACAUAAGCACUUUUUUUAAUGCAUCAUUUUAAUGUCCGUUGUGAUACUAAGGUGUUUAUAACAACUUUGUAUAAUACACAUAACACAACCACUCUUGUAGCCAUUAAGAUAACCAUGUCUUUUCACUGUUAAUGUACAGUGCCCCCGGAGAAGCCGGUCAACCUAACCUGCUGGUCCCGAAACACAAAGGACCUGAGCUGCAAGUGGACCCCCGGGGGUCGGGGCGAAACCUUCAUCAAAACCAAAUACACCCUCAAGUACAAAUUGAGGUGAGAGCCACAGAUGUCCAGCAUCUCCCAGGUGAUCACCCAACCCACCAUAAUUUCUGCCUAGAAACAAUAAUCGAUGCAUCACCUGGAACACAAUUACUUUAUUUUACUCACUAAAGGCCUAUGUAAUUCUGAUGAUGCAUUGCAAAGACUGUAACCGUUGCUUUUUUGUACUGCAGACAUUCAUUUGACUCGUAAUGCUGUUUGCACUGUUAACAUUUCAUGGUCCAGUGCACACUGAAAAUGUUACGCUUUACUGGUUGUUGGCAGUGCAUUAUAUUGAGAAUUUCGUUACAGAUAUGAGUGACUUUAUGUUGCUUGUGUGUUCUGUGCAGGUGGUACGGGCGAGAGAGGGAAUGUGAGGACUACAGCACGGGGCAACACUACACGUGUUACAUCCCCCGGGACUUGGCCCUCUUUACUCCCUACGAGAUCUGGGUGGAGGCGUCCAAUCAGCUGGGGACUGCCACCUCUGAUGUCAUCACUCUGGAUAUCCUGGAUGUGGGUAAGUGGAGUGAGCCUUUGAUCCAGUCUCCCUCCUGCUCCAUGCCCCAGACCUGCCAGGGUGGUGACAAGAUGGCGUGCUAAAUGCUUCCUCAUCAGUCCAUCAUGAUCUCAUCUUUUACUUUUCUCUCCUCGCCUCACUUCACUCACUAACUCGCUGCCGGAUCUCCUGCAUAUGGCUAACACACUUUCAUGUGAGAAAGGAAUUUUAUGUAUUCCCAAUCAAUCCCUAUAACAAUAUAAUGGAUUCUGGCUGUGAUUAUAAAAGAUAAACUGAACUGUAGUAAAAGUUCACUGAACACCAGACGUUUGGCAAAAGUGAUACACUUCCAAUACACAAUGAUGAUGGGUAGAUAAGAUUGAGGACAUGAAACAAAAUAUCAACAUUUAGCUUGGCCUUGUACAUUAUUGGUCUUGUGGUCCUCUGUAGCUCAGCUGGUAGAGCACGGCGCUUGUAACGCCAAGGUAGUGGGUUCGAUCCCCGGGACCACCCAUACACAAAAAUGUAUGCACGCAUGACUGUAAGUCGCUUUGGAUAAAAGCGUCUGCUAAAUGGCAUAUUAUUAUUAUUAUUAUUAUGUUGCAAUAUGCCAGUUUACCACACUAGUUUAUGAUAAAACGAUAAUCAUCAGUCAUAUGUUGUAUGACCCUCCCUACCUUCAGGCAAUGCUCAAAUCCUACACCCCAACCCGAGCACUCUGUUCUGCCACCUCUGGUCUCUUGGCCCUACCACCCCUAGCAGCAGAGUCCCUGUCCAUCUUCCGAAAGCACCUGAAACCCUACCUCUUCAAAGAGUAUCUUCAAUAACCCCCCCAAAUAAAAAAAAUAAAAAAAUACUCGCACUUCACUCCCUCCUCUUUCUAGCUCUGACUUUGCAAAUGUAAGUCGCUCUGGAUAAGAGUGUCUGCUAAAUGACUAAAAUGUAAAUGUAAAUAUUGUAUAGCCUAAGGAUUGAGGCAUGUCCCUGUGGUUAAAAGGGAAAGGAAAACAGUAGGCCAUUGACCUUUGUGUUGCUCUGCUAUGUCCCUCCCUACUAUACCGGACACACCUAGAGACUACAGGUAGGUUGGUCGGAAGGGAGAGGAGACUGGGAGGAAGGAGGGAGGAUGCCUAACACAUGACGCAUCACUAACCUCAUAUUUCUUCACCAUCUCCACAGCGGAAAUAAUAAGCUGUGGAAUUUCUCUGUGGAAUCUUCCUUGAUCUUCUGCUCCCCCGGGGGGCAAACUUGAUGAAACCAAUAAAGUGCAUCAGCACACACACAAGUCAAACAGGAAAUUAAUGGAGCUAUAGACUUCUCAAGCAGACAAUCACAAAUGGGCUUCUGACAUUUUUAUAUGAUUAUCUCUCUCUCUCCUCUUUCUCUGUCUCUCUCAGACCUUUUUCCCCCUCUAUCAGCGGCAUUAAAGUACUUGACUUCUUUGAGAGCCUAACUGCAGUGGGAAAACAUGUUUUUUUUUAUGCUGGAGCGUGUGCCUAAAUCAUCAGACUGGGGAGAGAAAGCAGAAGCAGACACUGACCUGAUUACCCUGCGUCCAUAACUACACUCAUUAUCAGGACUGGGAGAGGAGAGAGCGAGAGAAGGAAAUAGAGCAUUAGACAGGGAGAGAGAAUGAGACCGGGAGUGAGAGCGAGAGGAUCAAAUGUGGAGGAUACUGUGAAAUAAAGUGAGGAGAGAAGCAAAGUGUUCUUUCAGAGUAGAUGAAAUAGACAGCGUUGGUGCUGGACAACAGCAUAGCCCAGGCCGACACUGAACAUUCAUGACCAUAUUUUAUUCAAGCAUGGUGGCUGUGAUAUCUAGAUAUAGCUGUAGUGUCUAUACAGUGUGGUACAAUAUUUACCAAGACUGUAGAUGCUGGCCCAUCUCAGUCCUCUACUUGUUCAGUGCAGAAAUAUAUAACAUAAUAUUGUACUGCAAAACCUUAAACAACAAUGAUAACAUUUUCUAUAUUUUUGCGCUCAUGAAGCAGUACUAAGGGUAUACUCUAUGUACUGAAUUUUGCACUGGUGGAAAAAGUACCCAACUGUCAUACUUGAGUAAAAGUAAAGAUACCUUAAUAGAAAAUUACUCAUGUAAAAGUGAAAGUCACCCAGUAAAAUACUACUUGAUUAAAAGUCUAAACGUUUUUAAAAAAAUAUAUAUAUAUACACUUAAGUAUCAAAAGUAAAUGUAAUUGCUAAAAUAUACUUACUGUAAGUAUCAAAAGUAAAAGUAUAAAUAAUUUCACAUUCAAUAUAUUAAGCAAACCAGACGGCACCAUUUUCUUGUUUUUUUAAUUUACGGAUAGCCAGGGGCACACUCCAACACUCAGAGAUAAUUUACAAACAAAGCAUUUGUGUUUAGUGAGUCCACCAGAUCAGAGGCAGUAGGGAUGACCAGGGAUGUUCUCUUGAGAAGUGCAUGAAUUGGACCAUUUUCCUGUCACGCUAAACAUUCGAAAUGUAACGAGUACUUUUAAGUGUCAGUAAAAAGUACAUAAUUUUUUUUAGGAAUGUAGUGAAGUAUAAGUAAAUGUCAAAUAUAUAAAUACUAAAGUAAAUAACAGAUACCCCAAAAAACUACUUAAGUAGUACUUUUGUAUUGAGUUUUGUGUUCCGUCGUCUUAGCACAUAUACAGUGGGGGAAAAAAGUAUUUAGUCAGCCACCAAUUGUGCAAGUUCUCCCACUUAAAAAGAUGAGAGAGGCCUGUAAUUUUCAUCAAUAUCCAGAAAAUCACAUUGUAGGAUUUUUUAUGAAUUUAUUUGCAAAUUAUGGUGGAAAAUAAGUAUUUGGUCAAUAACAAAAGUUUCUCAAUACUUUGUUAUAUACCCUUUGUUGGCAAUGACACAGGUCAAACGUUUUCUGUAAGUCUUCACAAGGUUUUCACACACUGUUGCUGGUAUUUUGGCCCAUUCCUCCAUGCAGAUCUCCUCUAGAGCAGUGAUGUUUUGGGGCUGUUGCUGGGCAACACGGACUUUCAACUCCCUCCAAAGAUUUUCUAUGGGGUUGAGAUCUGGAGACUGGCUAGGCCACUCCAGGACCUUGAAAUGCUUCUUACGAAGCCACUCCUUCGUUGCCCGGGCGGUGUGUUUGGGAUCAUUGUCAUGCUGAAAGACCCAGCCACGUUUCAUCUUCAAUGCCCUUGCUGAUGGAAGGAGGUUUUCACUCAAAAUCUCACGAUACACGGCCCCAUUCAUUCUUUCCUUUACACGGAUCAGUCGUCCUGGUCCCUUUGCAGAAAAACAGCCCAAAAGCAUGAUGUUUCCACCCCCAUGCUUCACAGUAGGUAUGGUGUUCUUUGGAUGCAACUCAGCAUUCUUUGUCCUCCAAACACGACAAGUUGAGUUUUUACCAAAAAGUUAUAUUUUGGUUUCAUCUGACCAUAUGACAUUCUCCCAAUCCUCUUCUGGAUCAUCCAAAUGCACUCUAGCAAACUUCAGACGGGCCUGGACAUGUACUUGGCUUAAGCAGGGGGACACGUCUUGCACUGCAGGAUUUGAGUCCCUGGCGGCGCGGCGUAGUGUGUUACUGAUGGUAGGCUUUGUUACUUUGGUCCCAGCUCUCUGCAGGUCAUUUACUAGGUCCCCCCGUGUGGUUCUGGGAUUUUUGCUCACCGUUCGUGUGAUCAUUUUGACCCCACGGGGUGAGAUCUUGCGUGGAGCCCCAGAUCGAGGGAGAUUAUCAGUGGUCUUGUAUGUCUUCCAUUUCCUAAUAAUUGCUCCCACAGUUGAUUUCUUCAAUCCAAGCUGCUUACCUAUUGCAGAUUCAGUCUUCCCAGCCUGGUGCAGGUCUACAAUUUUGUUUCUGGUGUCCUUUGACAGCUCUUUGGUCUUGGCCAUAGUGGAGUUUGGAGUGUGACUGUUUGAGGUUGUGGACAGGUAUCUUUUAUACUGAUAACAAGUUCAAAGAGGUGCCAUUAAUACAGGUAACGAGUGGAGGACAGAGGAGCCUCUUAAUGAAGAAGUUACAGGUCUGUGAGAGCCAGAAAUCUUGCUUGUUUGUAGGUGACCAAAUACUUAUUUUCCACCAUCAUUUGCAAAUAAAUUCAUUAAAAAUCCUACAAUGUGAUUUCCUACAAUGUGAAUGCAAUUUGUCUGUCAUAGUUGACGUGUACCUAUGAUGAAAAUUUCAGGCCUCUCUCAUCUUUUUAAGUGGGAGAACUUGCACAAUUGGUGGCUGACUAAAUACUUUUUUUCCCCACUGUAACUCAUUACACAGCUUUGUGACCAACCGGUGUCUACAUCCCUGUUGUUUCAGUGACUACAGACCCUCCAGACAACGUCCAUGUGAGUCGUGUGGGGGAGCUUGAGGACCAGCUGACAGUGCAUUGGGGCAGCCCCCCGGCACUCAAAGACUUCCUCUUCCAGGCCAAAUACCAGAUACGCUACCGACUGGAGGACAGCACUGAAUGGAAGGUAGAGUAGUACUCCAGUUUUGUUUCAACAUUCAGCCACAUUUUUCUCUCUCCCAUUCUCUCUUUCUGAGGUACAGUGCCACAUCUAUGGCAUCUUAUAUCUGUGUAAAUAUUUGAGAUGCAUGAGUGUCAGGUACUCUCUAGGGAUUCCAGAGCUGUAUUUGGGCUGUCAAGCCAAGCUUGUGCAUGCUUGUUUGUGGUUUCUGUUUUUACUGAAAGAUAAAAAUGUAAUGUGUGAAAAUCUGAUUUCAUUUUUUUGUCUGAACUGUGUGUGGUUAAUAGCUUCACUAUGAGAGUAUUUUUAUAUAUUUUCUUUGAUGUCUCUCAGGUGGUGGACGAUGUAGGUAACCAGACAUCGUGCCGGCUAGCGGGGCUAAGGGCUGGGACAGUGUACUUUGUCCAGGUGAGGUGUAACCCAGUGGGGAUCUACGGCUCCAGGAAGGCUGGGAUCUGGAGUGACUGGAGCCACCCUUCAGCUGCCUCCACACCCCAAAGUGGUGAGUAAAGAUUUACAUAGCACUUGAAGGGGAAGGAUAGGUCUUAUAAGGUGUUAUAACACUGCAUUAGGAUUUAUUUACAACAGACAUAAGCUUGCGGGGGCAUUUAUGACAUUCGUGAGCACUUGUUGAUCUUCAAUAGUGCACAUUGAAGAUUUUAUGGGAAAUAUCAUACAUUUUAAUACUUCCCAAAGUUCCAUUUUAGUAUUAUUAUGGCUCAUGAUGAGCCAUGGGACAUUCAAUUGUCCUCUAAUAAUCAACCUUUCAUUGCCAGUUAAACCAAAGAAACAAUAACCUCAUCCCAUAUUAGUCUUCAACAUCCUGGGAAAAUUAGAUCCAAACCGUAUGUGAAAGCCAAACAUCAAAUUACAUUAUAUAAAUUUUUCAUCCGAGGAUUAAAAGAACUCAAGCUGAGAUGGCAAAGAGCUGAGGGAGACAUCAGAUAGAUAUACUUUUUUUUCUCUUUCGUUAGCCAACUUGAAAUGCAGUCUGUCAGUUGCACACAGGGCAUUAACACUGAGUGGAAACAGAUUUGGGGAAUACAACUGCAGAUAAUGGGUUACAAAGGUUAUGUGGUAUUUACUUGCAAGGGGGAGGAAGUUGGUAUCAAGCUCUGUUUGCCAUGGAAUAUUGGUUGUGGCCGACUUUAUAAUGGGAGUGCACCAAAUCUAUUAUUUUCUAUUGUAGUCAUAUCGAAUCUAUUGUAAUCAAAUUGACUAUUCUCAAUCCUCAAGAGAAUGACCUUGCACAAUAGCCAGAGCCCAGAGGUCAUGCGGAGUUCCUAGCCCCGUGUGAGCCACUGACCACUCUUGUCUCCAGCUGGUUUAGUUGUAGGAGAACAUUAGGUUCCAUUCAAUUAAACCUGCAUUGCGGUUACGCGGUAGCUCUUUUCCCCCAAAUAAAAUCACAUAAUGGCUACGGGUACUGCAGGAAGUGUGUGGACGGGGAGUAGUUCGUACACAAAGACACUGCGUAAACACGGCUGUGGCAUGUUCAACUGAAUUGCAGCCAGUGUUCUUCUGAGCAAUCCUCGCUGACUAACCUUGUCCUUGACCACACUGUCUUCUCCCUGGCCAGAGCGGCUGCAGAGUGGGUCAUGUGAGCCCAAAUCAGGCGAACAGAACUCCACCCUGCGACGGGAGCUCAAGCAGUUCUUUGGCUGGGUUCGCAAACACUCCUAUGGCUGCAGCGGCAUGUCAAUCAAACUCUACGACCAGUGGCGGGUGUGGCUGCAGAAAUCGCAUAGAACGCGCAACCAGGUAGGUAAGAAUAAUAUCCCAUUUAUUUAUGUUACAACUCAGCAUAGGCUUCAGUUAUGUACUAUGACCAUGUACUACUAG